UGCUGCUCGGUUUCCUUAAUAUUUUCAGCCAAUAAGAUCGGCCUGUGCUGACAGGUGGGCGGGCGAGUACAGAGUGGUGAAGCCGGAGCUCAGUUUCCUCAGCUGCCAUGGCUCUGGCGGGUCCAGUGGCCGGUAAGGUGCAAGAACGGGGCAACCCCCGGCGUCUGAGGAAGCCGCGCGGACCGCUUUGAGACUGCAGGGCAAACAGAGGCGCCGAAGCUGGCGAGCCGGGCUCCGGUGUUGGGAGCUUCUCCCGGGUUACGGAGCUCGGCUACCCCGAGUCCUGCCCAGCACAAGAGAAUGAAGAAGCGCAAGGAGCUCAACGCCCUCAUCGGGCUGGGCAGCGGGAGCGGCGAGCGGGGCAGCGGGAGUGGCGGGGGCGGCCGCAAGAAGAAGCACCCGAGGAAAGGUUCUGGCUCGGGCCACCGGCUCCUGCGCACGGAGUCCGCCGAAAGCAGUAGCUGCAGCUCUUCGGACCCGGAUUACGGCGACGGCUUUGGGCUACCAGGCACCCGCUCACGCUUCGCUAAGAGUGACUACCUGCGAUGCUGCAAGUUUUGCUACCCAUUAUGUGCUUUUGUUAUUCUGGCUGCUUGUGUGGUAGCUUGUGUUGGUUUAGUAUGGAUGCAGGUUGCUCUCAAGGAAGAUCUGGAUGCUUUAAAGGAAAGGUUUCGAACCAUGGAGUCUAAUCAAAAAUCAUCAAUCCAAGAAAUCCCUAGAUUGUCUGAAGAUCUGCUCAGUAAACAAAAGCACCUGGAGAAGAUUGAAACUGGAGAUAAGGGGUUAAACAAAAUAUGGGUAAACAUCACUGAAAUAAGCAAACAGAUAUCUUUCUUGGUUUCAGCAGUAAAUCAUCUCAAAGCAAAUAUUAAAUCUGCUUCUGAUUUGAUUAAUCUUCCUAUAACAGUAGAAGAACUUCAGAAAAGUGUUGCUACUAUAGGAAGCACUGUAACCAGUGUUCAUCAUGAUGUUGAGAUUCUGCAGGCAGCAAUUGAAGAACAUAAGAAAAUCAUAGAAACACUGCAAAGUGAUAUGAGUGAAAACACAAAAAGUGUUAGAAGAAAGCAGAUGCCUUCAACUUCCACUUCUCCUGUUCCUCAAAUAAGUGAAAAUAAUCUGACAGACAGUUGUAAACAGGACAACCAGUAUCUGCAUACCUCUCUAGAGGAGGUAAACUCAACUUUAAUAUUGUACCAGAAACAGAAUGAUUUAAAACUUUUCAGUAUGGAUUCCACAGUCAACAAUUUAAGCUGGAGAGUUGCUUCUUUAGAAAAUCAUAUGGAGGGUUUGAGGAAACUGGAGAAAAAAGGAAACCUGACCCUCACUGUGGUGGGUGACUUAACUACCUCUGUGAAUGUAGAAAGUGAACCAAGAAAUAAAACUACUACUGAAAAUGUACAAAAUAUGGAGAAAAUAGAAAAUGGUGAGUCCCAGGUAUCUAAACUGAGAGAGAAGCUGCAGCUGAUCAAUACUCUUACAAGCAAGCCUGAAAGUGACACAUCUGAAGCAACUAAAAAAGGAAAACUCCAGAGUGCCACAUCAAAGCCUACAAAACUUCCAAGACUUUCUUCAAGAUCAGUUGGCAACAAUUUUGAGCAAAUUAGAUACCCAAGAGGAUUGUCCUUACCAGGAAUAUCCAGCAUUGAUGACCUUCAGGAAUUAUUCAGGGUCACCAACAAAGGCACUGAUGGCAAGUUCACAUACAAGGAACUGCAAAAUCUGAUUGGAGUUACACUGCAUGAUUUACAGAGCUUUAAGGAAUUUGAUGCAGAUGGGGAUGAGAACUAUUCAUUUCCAGAACUGAGAGCUGCUUUAGGUGUAUAAUAUCUCUAUUUAUAAAUUCAGUAUUGAAAGACUGACGUAGCUACUUUAAAAAAGCCCUGAUAACUAAAAGCUACACCAGGCACUUUUUCCACAGGUACAUUAAUAUAUGGAGCUAACAGUGUACAUGUUAACACCUCUUAAUUUGUGUUCUUUGAAAAUAUUGAAUGGUUUUUAAAAAGUUUUAUUUGUAAAAUGAGAUGUUGAUUGCUGAUUGUCAGCUUUCAGGCCCUGUUCCAGAGAAAGUUAGUUGUACUCAAAACUGUUGAAUCCAGUGGACCACAUUAAUUGCAAAUGAUUUAUAUCUUCUUGAAAUGCAUGUAACAAGGACAACUAAUUUUGGUUUGGGUCAGGGCCCCAGAAUGACAUCCUGUCAUUGUGUUGAAUGACUGGGAGCCGUGGGGUAAUUGCACCUUAAGCAAUGCUAACUCAGAGGUUUUAUUUCCCUUAUAAGGGAAGUUCUUGUUUUCAAAUAUAGAAUGUGUGUGUAUAUAUUGACAAGCCUGUAUUUUGUAUUUCUAAUAAAUUUGCCUUAAAUUAGCCGCA